AUGCAAGUUUAUGUCUCUCAUGAUUGCCAUUGUGCUGAAGCACUUUCUAGAGCUGUUUCCAUAGAGCUGGGGGUGGAUGGUGUGAGAGUGUGUGCCAAGGAAGCAAGGAGGAGAAACAAGAGAGAAGAAGGAGGCAUUGCAUUGAGAUUUGCAGAAGUUUCUAGAACUUGGAUGAUGAGGAAAAAAGUUGCUUAUUGGCUGCUGGAAGUUGCCUCAAUAGAACAAGACAGGCAAUGCUGGUGA